ACUUGUAGUUGCAAUAGUUCGAGGGUUCUGUGGCUUCACAAAAACUCAAACAAAGAAGAGAGAGAAACAACAAACUCAAACCAGAAGCCAAAAUAGAGAGCGCAUUUUUAACACAGAUUCUCUCUUUUCCUCUCCUGUCUCUCUUUCUAUUCCUCUGUUCUUCUCUUCUUUCUCUCUGUUUCCACCUUCAUACAUUUCUGCUUCUGUUUUCCUUAGAUUACAGAAGCAGAGAGCUUUGGUCUCUCCACAUUUUUUUUUUUUUGCCAAAGCAACGAAUCAUAUGGCAUUUUCGUGAGAUUUUUGUAUAUAAACCUGCACAUUCUUAGGGGCAAUGAGUUGUUUCUCUCUGAUUUACAGCUUUUGAACCCAACUGGGUUUCUUCUUAAUCAUCUCGUGCGUCUCUGCAACAUAGUGACUGACAUUUCUUUGCAUAACCCAAAAUCAAAAUCACACAAAAAAAGAGAAAUUUUUCUUAUCUCCUUCAUAUAUAUAAAUAGAUCUAAUUGGGUUUUUUAUUUUUAUUUUUAUUUUAUGAAACUCUGUUUUUAGCUCUUGCUCUGUUUUGCUCAUCUGUUUUUAGCCUCUUGCUCUGUUUCUGAGCUUCAAAACACAAACAAAAUGGAUCGGCUUUCGUCGACGGCGGUUCUACCGGAUACAUUUUCCGGUGCUAGAGACGAUAUGACAGAGCAAAUUAUGAUGAUUUGGGGUCAGAUCAAAGCUCCAUUGAUCGUUCCUCUUCUUCGAUUGGCUAUGUUGUUGUGUUUGGUAAUGUCUUUGAUGCUAUUUAUUGAGAGGCUCUAUAUGGGCGUUGUAAUCACGUUUAUCAGUCUGUUUGGUCGAAAACCAGAAAAAAAGUACAAAUUUGAGCCCAUAAAAGACGAUGUUGAAUUGGGUAAUUCAGCUUACCCAUUGGUUCUUGUUCAAAUCCCAAUGUUCAAUGAAAAAGAGGUAUAUCAGCUUUCAAUAGGAGCUGCAUGUGGGCUUUCAUGGCCAAAUGAAAGAGUCAUAAUUCAAGUUCUGGAUGAUUCAACAGACCACACAAUCAAGGAAAUGGUGGAAUUGGAGUGCCAGAGAUGGGCGAGUAAAGGGAUAAACAUAAAGUACGAAAUCAGAGAUAACAGAAAUGGGUACAAAGCAGGGGCGUUAAAGGAGGGGUUGAAGCGAGAUUACGUGAGGAAUUGCGACUACGUCGUCAUUUUCGACGCGGAUUUUCAACCCGAACCCGAUUUUCUCUGGCGGACUAUCCCUUACCUUGUUCAUAACCCUGAACUCGGCCUCGUCCAAACCCGUUGGAAGUUCGUGAAUGCAGACGAGUGCUUGAUGACAAGAAUGCAAGAGAUGUCGUUGGACUACCAUUUCACAGUGGAGCAAGAAGUGGGCUCUUCCACUUAUGCCUUCUUUGGUUUCAAUGGGACCGCUGGUGUGUGGAGAAUUGCUGCAAUUAAUGAGGCCGGAGGUUGGAAGGACCGAACAACUGUUGAAGAUAUGGAUUUAGCUGUCCGAGCUAGUUUGAAAGGCUGGAAAUUCCUAUACCUCGGUACUGUCAAGGUGAAAAAUGAAUUGCCAAGUACAUUCAAGGCCUAUCGUUUCCAACAACACCGGUGGUCUUGUGGCCCUGCCAAUCUUUUCAGGAAAAUGGUAAUGGAGAUUAUAAUGAAUAAGAGAGUAACGUUGUGGAAGAAAGUGCACGUAAUCUACAGUUUCUUCUUGGUUAGGAAGAUCGUCGCCCAUAUUGUCACAUUUGUGUUUUAUUGUGUCGUAUUACCAGCAACUGUUUUGGUACCGGAAGUUGUGGUUCCGAAGUGGGCAUCAGUUUACAUUCCUUCCAUCAUCACCAUUCUCAACGCUGUUGGAACUCCAAGGUCACUCCACUUAUUGGUGUUCUGGAUCCUUUUUGAGAAUGUCAUGUCGCUGCACCGGACCAAGGCCACCUUCAUUGGUCUUCUAGAGGCUGGGAGAGUGAACGAAUGGGUUGUCACUGAGAAACUCGGGGACGCUCUCAAGACAAAAGCAGCCACUAAAGCACCUAAAAGACCCCGGUUUAGGAUUGGAGAACGAAUCCAUUUGCUAGAACUUGGGACCGGGCUUUUCCUCUUCUUCUGCGGUUGCUAUGACAUUGCCUUUGGGAAAAACCAUUACUUCAUCUACCUCUAUGUCCAAGCAAUGGCUUUCUUCGUCAUUGGGUUCGGCUACGUUGGCACCUUUGUCCCCAACUCUUAAGCGUGACUCAUUUCUCUAUUCAUCACCCGCGUGUUUAUCUUACUUAAACACCAAGUGUCAAUGGGGUUCUUCCAUAAUGCAUGUCAGUGGCAUUUUUAGCAACAUUUUUAAAAUUUUGGUUUUUAAUGUAUUAGCUUGUAAAAAAGAACAAAGCCGCCAGUCGUUUCAUUCUUUUAGCUCGAUCAUAAGAAUUCCGAGUCACUGACUCGAAGGAAUUAGCUUGUGUAUAUUCCCAAAUCAAGAAGAUUACUUUGAGAAAUGGGCAAAGACAUAGAAGCAAAGUAAAGGUAGCAGAACAUGAGUUCCCCGAAAGUAGUAGAUAUAUAAAAACAUGAUCAAAUGGUUUGAUUGUACUUGUGUGAUACUUUCCUAGUAAAUUUGUCCCCUUUUUUUGGUUUUUUUUGUUUCUGAAGAUUGUGUUUGUUUCAGAUGAAUAAACUGAUGGAAACAGGAAGAAAAAAAACAUUUUGUUUUCAGUUUCAUCAUUCAAUUUAUGUACUAUAAUGAUUUUGCA